CCAACAUACAUGUUUUUAAAGCAAAUUUNCCCCCCCCCCCCCCCAGAACCAAUGUGCUAAACUGCGGGGCAAGGUCUGAAAUCCAGCUCAUGAUGGAUCAAAUUUCUCCGAAGCAGUGGACUGGCAUGAACGUCGCACCUGUUUACAACAUAUUAAAGGGAAGUCUCCAUCUUUGCAAACAAGUGGUUUCCUGCUGCUGGGGAGGCUAUGAAUUUCAGCUCAUGAUGGAUCAAAUAUCUCUGAAGCAGUGGCAGCUUACACGGAUAAUUUUAGAUGACUUGGUUCUACUUCCUGCCACGAUAACAAACGAAUAGCGUGUUCCUUGGAUUUGUAAUUUUCAAUUCGACCGUCUGCCUUUCCUGAAACGUUCCGCUCAUGAAGUUCUCCAAAUCAAUUGCUUUGAGCUGCCGGUUUUCCCAGGUGAGAGGUCGGAGGUCUGCGAUUACAUCAUGGACCAUAAACGAGGAAGAUUUACAAACAGAAAGAACUCCUUUGGGAAAUGCUAAUGAAGAAUUUCACCUAAUGGAAAACAAGGCUCUAUCAUCCUUUGUCUCCCCUUGAAGAAAAAGAAUAGACCCUAAAUUGUGUUGGAUAAGAUGCAAGGUUGGCGAUCUAUUUGUCGAAUAGUGGAUUAAAGGUGGCCUUCAAGCUGUGUUCCAAGUUUUUUUACCUGAAUUUAUUUGGACGCUACAUCAUAUUGGAGCCAACAACCAGUGGUAACAAAAGAUUAAGCAGCUCGCACUGUUAUCCCUGCUUGCUGUAUUGUUGUGAACUUAUCAUGCAAGGCGAAGGAUCUUAUUGAGAAACACGUGUCUGCUUUCUCUCAAACUCAGGAUAAUACUCUAUACAUGCUUCCAUCAACACCCCAGGAAUGCUGCUAUUUUGACAGCCAAAGCCGGUGCAAGGGAUCCAUCUGCAAUUCCUUCUAUAUGUUGCAUAUCUGCUGCACUUUAGUCUACUGCAGCCUCCCUCAAUAGUGCUUUAUGCCAAUUGCUUUGAUAUCAAUAAGCUUGGAGUUGGAAC